AAAUUAUGGAGUUAAUGGCAGGUAGAACCAUUGAACUAUACCCUUUAACAACUAUAAAAUAACUGGCAGCGAGGAAGAGUUCAUCAGUUGGCGAAGAAGGCUUCACCAAUUAAGACAUUCAAACAAGACGGUUCGAAAGGAUUCAUUGUUUUUCUUAAUAUAUAUUAGUUUUAAAGAACUUUUGCCUAUUAAAAAAAAACACAUCCGCCAUCAUGAGCAACAUCAGCAACGACAGUGGAUUGGAUGACUCCGCGAACAGCGGAGCCGUUGUGAGCGCCAAUGGACCGUUGGCAGCGACUAGGUUAUCCUGGUUCCUGGCCGAAGUGGAUGACGGCUUGAUGAAGGACGGGAAACCAAAUGGUCGGCGCCGUCUCUGCGUUCUCCAUUCGAUGGAACUAUUAGAGUCCGAUGUAUCGGACAAGUACAUGACUCGUUUCGUAGAAUUCCGGGUCAAUGGAAUGGUGCUGGAGGCGAAACUUAUACUGGCCGCGGAUGAAAGGCGCCUGGUGGACGCAGCAUUGCUUUCCAUGAGCAAGGAGGAGAGGGAAGAUGCCAUAUCCCAACAACUGUUGGUUCAGUACACCGAAAACGAAAAGGCUGGCGAGCGCCUAAUCCAGAAACUAGUCUCUCCAAACAAUGUGAUGUGGCUGAGCACCAAGCCCGAGCUGAAGGGUAAUCCUCUGGUGAGCCUGGCUCCCGGUUGCAUCGCCCAUGUUUUAUACGCCUACGAAAGCCGUGAUUAUAUGGAAAAGAUCCUACUGCACCUGAAAGCGCGAAGCUUUGAUCUCGCCUUCGAUGAUAAUGUGGAAACUGAACCGGAGGCCAUGAAUGACGACACUUGGAUGCUGGUGCAAUACAGUCCCGAACCGGAGAUGGUGGUCUACCAGGUGGUGCAAUACAGGCAAACAGUGUGGCGGAACGAGAAUCUAUUUAAGGAUGUGAUUGCCUACAUACAACUUCCUGGUAGCGACGUCGUCCUCCAGGCGGUAGUCAUCAGCUAUGGCCAGGACAAAGAGGCCCAGGAAGCGAAGUACGAGGAGUUACAAAGAUUCCCUUUCGAUAUUGACUUUCCACUGCCUGAAGAUUUGGAAAAGCAUCCGGAUCACAUGACAUCCACAGCCCUCUUCUCGCGAACCAGUUUGUACCAGAAGGCGGAACAGCGGGACUCCACUGGUGAACACAGGGAGCUGCGAAGAAGUCUGGAACAGAUGACCGAAAAGGCGCAGGGCGAGGCGCAGUUGAUCAUAGAUGCCUUCGACAUGGUAGACAAUAUCAACAAGAAUCUGCAGAGUCGAUUGUCCGGAGAGGUGCGAUCGGCAGUGGAGGCCACAUCCGGAGACGAACUUCAUUAGUUGGCAAACACAUUACAAAUUUCUUUCCAUAUAGUAAACUAAGUUACGUUGAAAGUUCAAAACUUAAAAGGUAAAUGUUAUUAGGCUAGAAUUAAAUACCAAUUGUAAACUUUAUCUUCAGGAAAACUGAAUAAAUAUUCAAAGAUCUGCAA